ACGUUUUUGCCGCUACCUUAUUCUUUCUUCUUAUAUGUUUGGCUUUUUUUAUCAAAACCAAACAAAAGUGUUAGAGUUCAGUUUCUCUUAGUGAAACUAAUACUAGAAAAUAGAAAUAGAAGAGAAAAGGAGAUUCAACAAAAUGUCGCUUGACACUCCAUUGAUUGUUGAAGAAACAAAACAGAACAGCAAGGAAGAAGAUAGAAGAGAAUUGAUUGAAGAAGUGAAAAAACAGUUAUGGCUAUCAGGACCAUUAGUUUCAGUUUCACUUUUGAAUUUUGGUAUCGAUCUUAUUUCAGUUAUGUUUGUUGGUCAUCUUGGUGAAUUGACUCUUUCUGGUGCUUCCAUGGCUACUUCUUUUGCUACUGUCACUGGCUUCAGUUUAUUGGCAGGAAUGGCAAGUGCAUUGGACACAUUAUGUGGACAAUCAUAUGGGGCAAAGCAGUACCGCAUGUUAGGCGUACACACGCAGAGAGCUAUGUUCAUUCUCAUGAUCGUUGCGAUUCCCCUCGCCAUUAUUUGGGCCAACACAAGAUCCAUUCUCAUUUUACUCGGCCAAGAUCCUGAAAUAUCUACAGAGGCAGGAAACUAUGUGAAGUUAAUGGUUCCAGGCCUUUUUGGUUAUGGUCUUCUACAAUGCCUCAACAGAUUCUUACAGACUCAAAACAUUGUAUUUCCAAUGAUGUUUAGCGCCGUAGUUACGACAUUACUUCAUAUUCCUCUAUGUUGGAUUAUGGUAUACAAGUCCGGAUUAGGUGGCAGAGGGGCUGCCAUAGCAAAUUCAAUUUCUGAAUGGUUGAAUGUUAUUAUACUCUCACUUUAUAUCAAGUUUUCUCCUUCGUGUAACAAAACAUGGCAUGGAUUUUCCAAGGAGGCACUUAACAACAUCCCUAUUUUCUUGAAACUUGCUAUUCCUUCAACUCUAAUGGUUUGCUUGGAAAUGUGGUCAUUUGAGUUAAUGGUUCUCCUUUCUGGUCUUCUUCCAAAUUCAAAGUUGGAAACAUCAGUGCUUUCUAUCUGUUUGAAUACAGAAGUAGCUAUUUGGAUGAUACCAUUUGGACUUGGUGAAGCAAUAAGCAUUCGUGUCUCGAAUGAACUCGGGGCUGGGAACCCACAGGCCGCACGUUUGGCAGUGUGUGUCGUUGUGGUGAUUGCAAUUAUUGAGAGCAUCGUAGUCGGAGCAGUGAUGUUUCUUACGCGCAAUAUAUUGGGUUAUGCUUAUAGUAAUGAAGAAGAAGUUGUGAAAUACGUUGCAACUAUGUUGCCAAUUCUUGCUGCAACCCACUUCCUGGACGGACUACAAUGUGUUCUUUCAGGCAUGGCUAGAGGAUGUGGUCGGCAGGAAAUUGGUGCUUAUGUUAAUCUUGGAGCGUACUAUUUAAUUGGGCUUCCGAUGGCGGUAGUAUUAGCUUUUGUAUUGCAUGUUGGUGGAAAGGGGCUGUUGUUGGGGAUUAUAUGUGCGUUCAUUGUUCAAGUAUUCGCUCUAUUGAUCAUUACAAUACGCACUGAUUGGAAGAAAGAGACAGAGAAGGCCUCUGAUAGAGUCUACGAUUCUAUAACAACAUAGAGCUUAGUCUAAUGAAAGAAUUUGAUUUUUAUUUUUGUUUUCUCAAUACAUUUUACUUUGUUGUUUUCUUUUAAUGUAAUGUUGAGCAAAAAGAACGUGUGUUGUUUUACGGAAGGUUCUAGCUAAGCAAUUACAUGUUCUGCAAAUUCUCAAUGCUAAUCAAAAGGCAUAUAUUUUGAUCAAGUCUUUCGCUAAUGCCAAGUUUGUCACCUCCAGUAUCUGCCUUCAGGUGGUUUCAGUUUUGUAGCUUCUAUUCACGUGACGUUUUAUCUAUGACUUUUCUUGACUUGGCAUUUCUCCUUCCAAAAUUCCUCUUUUUGUUGCCAAAGGCUCUCAUAGUCGUGUUGAUUGUUGUAGACACUUUCACCUUUAAUCUUUUAAAUUAAAAGAUACGCUUCAUGUCUCA